AUGUCGGGUAUGCCUCAAACAUCUCAAGAGACGAGCAACACUCAAGAGUCAUAUGAAGACUCACAAAGCACAUCGAGAGAUAUUGCAAUGCCCGCACCCGGGUUGUUCGAAGAUCUUCAAGCGGUCUGGCGAUCGAACACGCCACAUCCGGAGUGUACGUCCCAGACUCUCAGUCAGGCUCUGUUAGCGAUUGAGGGCAUUUCGCUAAUCAUGGAAUCAAAACAGAAGCAUCUCGAACCUCAGCAGUUUCCGUGCCAAUAUUGCGGAAGGGAGUAUGGCCGGUCGGACUUGCGGGAUCGACAUGAAAAAGCUUACUGCGAUGUCCAUCGGCAACAGAUGCAAGCAGCCGCUGCUACUGGUUCGCGGCUUGAGGGCACGACGCCGCUGCUCACAGCAGGCCAUCUCCCACCACCACCACCAUCACUGUCUGUAGGCACAUCGCCCAUGUCAACAUCCACGGCCAUGACAGGACCACCCACUCCGCAACCUUUGGUUGUGUCACAAUCACGGGACGGUCCCGCUUAUGUUUUUGAUUACAGCAGUACUACUAUACCGUCGUCGGACAUAUCAACUGGGCUUCUUAUCCACGACAUGGACACUGCUUGCGAAAUGCCCUACUUCUUCUGCAACAAUGACAUCCUACUACCAAGCCAGAUGGUGGGAACUAGUAGCUACGUCUUCCCGUGGACCUCGUCUUGUCUUGACAGUGGUCCAUUACAAGUCCCUCUGUUGCCUGGUCCGGAUUUGGAUAUCAGCGUCAAUCCUCUGUCGGAGACUCGGACUCCUCCCAUCAACACGCUUUACAACAUGGGGGGAAUAGGGCUUGGUAUGGAUAUGGGCAUGGAUACCAGUAUGGGCAUGGGCAUGAAUACUAAUAUGGGCACUAUCGACGUACCUAUGCAUAUGCCCAGGAAUGUGGACAUCGGUACGUGUUUGGAUCCGUGUAUUGCUGUGGAUGCUGUGAAUAUGAACAUGCCCGUUGAACUUGGACACGCAACGAUGAUGGAAGUGCAAACGCCAGAGGACAGCUGGGAUCAAUUACCGGCGGCGGAACUUGUGCAAACACCACCACAGGACAGCUGGGAUCAUCUACCGACAUGGUGGGAAAUGUGA